UUAUUAUUAAAUAUCAGCUAAAUCCUUCAUUUUCUAUCAAAAUCCUCCACAUUUCUCUGCUCUAUUCUUCUUCAAUCUUCUCCUUUUGAUCAAAAGAUACAAUCAACUCCUCACCGGCCACAUAAACUAGAAUGGGUUCUGAAGUCGUGAUCGUUGAUGAAAUCCCUUUUCCUAAAGAGAUCACGAUCACCAAGCCAUUAGCUCUUCUGGGUCAUGGUAUCACAGACAUUGAGGUACACUUUCUUCAAAUCAAAUUCACGGCCAUCGGAGUCUACUUGGACUCCGUGGUUGUGAAUCAUUUAGAGCAGUGGAAGGGCAAGACGGGAAAUGAGCUCGCGAAAGACGAUGACUUCUUUACAGCUCUCAUUUCAGCUCCUGUGGAGAAGUUGGUAAGAAUUGUGGUGAUCAAGGAGAUCAAAGGCGCGCAAUAUGGAGUUCAGAUCGAGAGCGCUUUGAGGGACCGAUUGGCGGCAGAUGACAAGUAUGAGGAAGAGGAGGAAGAGGCUUUGGAGAAAAUCGUUGACUUUUUCCAGUCCAAAUAUCUCAAGAAACAGUCUGUCAUCACUUACCAUUUCCCAGCAACUUCAACUACUGCUGAGGUAAAUCACUAAGAACCCGUUUAUCUG